UUAUAUUCGUCCAUCAUGCGCCCCGGAGACCCACGUAUUCGCCAGACUAUCAACCAGAUCUCUCAGAAUCUCGAGUCCGCCAAUGAGUCCGCGCAGGAAGGGAUAUAUGCCUUUGCCCAUAACUACAUCGAGCCGUGUUUCUUAAGCGUACAAGAGUGCUUUACUUCCUGUACCGCUCCCUGCUUCCCUAGCCGAGAUGACCAGCUUCGUCGACGGAGACGGGAACGAUCUAAUGGCCGGGCAGAGUUUACUUUUGGGUUCUAUGACGAUUGGGACUACGAUGAGGAUGCGCGCGAAGAGGGACUGCUAAGUUGGCGAAAUGGUGAACUUGACAGGCUUCUGGCUGGGAGCAGCUCAUCGCGCACGUCUAGUGACCAGCCGCGCAUGAAUAGACGCAUGAGUUACGGCGCACGGCGGCGGAGUUCGGCCCUACCUAGUGACGAACGGCAAGACCCAACUGUUAUUCCCAGCUCGUCCAUCCUUGGCUUCCUCGAGCGGUUUCCAUGGAGGAUAGGCGCAAGAGGCAUUCGCUAUCGCCCCUCUGCUGCUAAUCUGCAAGAUAAUCCCGGAGGUCUGAAGCGUGACGCCCCAGAGCACGCACCAUUACUCGAAGCCAGCGACGAAAGUGACCAUGCUAGCGGUAGUAACAAGGACAACAGUCAACAUUACAAGCCAGAAACCCACCCGAGAAAACGGCGUGGCACUCAAUCGUCUAAUGCAACUAGCAACUCUCUCAGCUCCCGCGGGGACCUAAUACACAGUGAUGAAGAGGAAGAUGCCGUUCCGCUAGAUGAUGAGUUCAAUAUUAUGGCACUUGGCCGUCGUGGAGGCAGUAUAGGCGGUGAUGACUCCGUUUUCUCUGCCCCACGUUCGGUUUCCGGUUCAAUUAAGGAAACUCCUUCAUCCAGAGCCUCAAACACAAGCAAGAAGACAAAAGGCAAGCGAAGGAAGAGAGACAGAGAUUUGAAACGGCGUCGUACUAUGUCCAAGUCGUCACGUUCGACUUCCGAAUUAGACACCAGUAUUUUAGUUGAGCCGGCAACGGACGGGGCCGCGUUAGCUGACUUAAAGAGAGAGGAAGAAGCAGCACGAUUGGAAGAAGAGAAGGCGAUAGAGAGAAAACGUCUCGCCGCGCAAGAUCUCGCUAGGCAGAAGGGGUUGAAGUUAGCCGAUCCUGGAGCUGAGCCCUCUGCAGAAAUUCCGGGCGAAACUCUUAACGAAAGACACGAUCUUUCUAAACAGCCUUCAGACAACUCAUACAUUUCACCAUCACAAUCCGACCAUGUGUCAUUUACACCUAUCAACUCUCCGAACCCAGAUAAUAACUAUGCGAAUCCUAUCCUACAACUCAACAGCUCUGACCCUCAUAUACCCCUGACAACAUCACAACCAGAGGUUCCAAAACGUGAUAUAAAUGUCACUAACACAAAUGACCCUGAACCCAACCACUCAAUACAACUUAAUGCCGACCCGACUAACAACGAGUUAUGA